ACUGUAGGUGGCAGCAGAGAAAUGCCUUAUUUCCUGCCAAGACGCGCAGUCACAACAAGAGGAGGAAGAGGAAAAACGACAACUCUGGAUCUGGAUCGUCGUCGAUUACCUUGCGUGACAACACAGGGAUCGUCCAGGCUUUGGGUUGCUCCUGUUUGACCGGCACCAUGUCCGAUUUGCUAAGAUACAUCGACUACGACCACAAAGCCACCUUCCUGAAGAUGCUGAACCAGCAGAGGAUGGAGGGCGAACACUGCGACGUGGUGGUGGUGGUGGAGAACAUUGAGUUCAGGGCUCACCGCUGCGUCCUCGCCGCCUGCAGCAACUACUUCAAGAAGCUCUUCAAAAAGCAGAGCGACGAAGACAACUCCAUCGUGGAACUGGACUUUAUCCGCUCCGACAUCUUCGAGGAGGUGCUCAACUACAUGUACACAGCCCGGCUGGCGGUGAGGAAGAAGGACAUCAACAUGAUGAUGUCGUCUGGGCAGAUCCUCGGCAUCAACUUCCUAGAUAACCUGUGCACUCAGAAGAGGGAGCUGACCAACAUGAAGACCAGGGAGAACCAGGCGCCGGAUGACCACAGCAUGAGGGCGCAGGACGCCAUCCUGAAGGAGCUCGCCAUGGAGGAGGUGAGGAAGAACAGUUUCUACGACCAGGGGAUGGACGCCAUAGGGCCUGGCGGCUCGCACGUGUCACAACCGCACAACUACAACACAAGCAUGGGCAAGGACCCUCACGCCCACAGCUGGGGCUCCUCCACGUCCAGCACUGACAUGAAGCUGGAAUACCUCCUCUACGGCCACCGCGACCACAACUCCUGCCAGAGCACCGGAACCAAGACCCUCGACCACAACGCCAAGAAGGAGCGUCUGCUCACCGCCAACCGCCCGUACGGCUGCGAGCACUGCCCCAAAGCCUUCACCACCGCCGCCCACCUCAAGGAGCACCUCAAGAUCCACUCUGGCUUCAAGCCGCAUCGCUGCCAGGUGUGCGGCAAGGCCUUCAUCCGGGGCCCUGACCUCAAGAGGCACGAGAGGGUCCACAGCAACGAGCGGCCCUUCGCCUGCCAGAUGUGUGAAAAGGCCUUCAAGCACAAGUCCCACCUUAAGGACCACGAGAGGCAGCACCGGGGCGAGCGGCCCUUCAACUGCGGUUCCUGCGACAAGGCCUUCAUCAAGGCGUCAGACCUGAAGCGCCACUGGAACACCAUGCACAGCGCCAACCCUCGCAGACAGAUGUCUCUGUCGCCCGCCGCCUCCCAGCACGGCCAGGGGGACGCCACGGACCAGAGGGACUGGAAACUGGAGACCGGGCCACACUCGCACAACUCUGGGGACUGCUGAGCCCUCCGACACACGCACACACACACACACACCGACACAUCUCAACUAAUCAGAAUAUCAUCCAGAAGUUAAUUUAUUUCUGUCAUAAAUCUGAAAAGUUUGUCCCCUUUUUUUUAUGAUUUAUUACACAAUUGAAACUUUCACAUUUUUAUUUGUUCAUUUGGGGGGAAAAAAGUCUUGCCUAAUAUGUGCUCUUAGAAAAUAACACAAAUUCAUGUUUUUAUUAAAAAAAUUUUUAAACAGAAAUGUGAUUUUAGAACCUGAACAAUCGGGGGAAACUGCUGCCAUCACGGUUCUACCUUCACAGUGGGCCAAACGAAGGAGGUCUUUGUAAAGGAGGCUGGUUGAAUCCAAACCUAUUCAAUGAAAGUUAAGUGGAAAGAAAAACUUCAGAAAAGAAAAACUUAGUUUAAUUCCCUGGAUUCUGCGUGGCGUUCAGGUCCGUUUUCUUGCAUCUAAGCACAAUAACAGCAGAGUCCUACAAGCAGCCUUUAGAAGCGAGGGGUUUGCCUCAUCCUGCUGGAAAAUAAAAACAUAGCAAACAUAAAGCUUGUCAGCAGAAGGAAGCUAAAAAGUGCUCUGGAAAUAAUUCAGUUACAUGAAAUACAGAAAUCAUCCAAGUAGAGGGGCGUGGCUUGAUUAAAAAAAUAAUAAUAAUAAAAUCCCCUGUACUGAAUAUGGCUGCAGAUGUACGUUACUAUCACACUUUUUCCUUCCUCUAAACUUUCCUACCUUUCCUUUUCAGAGGUUUACCCUCCUUAUCAAGGAUGUCAGCAGUCUUUUGUCCUUGUGAAGGUCAUACCAUUUCUGUUUUAAUAUGUUAAAUUCUUAUAAGGAUUAAUUUUUAGGUAAUUUCAUUAACUGUAAGCUAUUAUCAUUGAAAAUCACCCCCCCAAAAAGAAACCAUAAGCAUUUAAAUCAGUAGAAUCAAUCAGUUUAUGUUGUUUCUUUUUUAUUGUUUAAAUAAAUUAACUUUUUGAUAAUAUUCUAAUAAAUUGAGACCUGGACUGACCUGCUAACAUGCACACUUUAAUUCCCACCUAUACACACUGAUGGAGGCACGAGGACAGCGAUGGGAGUGCAGAGCAGGAGCAGAGCAGAGCAUGUUCAUAAAGACUGAGGCUGUAUUAUUAUGAUUAUUAUUAUAAUUCUAAAGAGUUAUGUCCUUCCCACCUGUAAAGUCAUGUAAAUGUUUAGUUCACUAUACUAUACAUAUAUUUUUCACAAAGCAUCAUCGCUAUCUAGAUAUCUGAGGGGUUCUCAUAACUUUAUUUUUCUUUAAUUUUUAACAAAGUAUACAUUUAAGUGUUCGUUUAAACUUGUAAGAUUUUUAUGGAGAUAAAAGAGUCAGUGGAGGGAGGGAGGCGGAGAAAAGAAGAUUUUUCUGCAUAACAUUUGUUGCAUUGAGUAUAUUCAUGUGGAUGUUUUUAAAUGGAUGUGUUUAGUUGUAUUGAUUGAUAUUACACUGUAAAAGUAAGACGCAGAUGAAACCAAAGUCUUGGGCUCCUGACGGAUCGUCAAACCCAAGCAAAACCGGCCAACUAGAUUUACUGUUAUACAGUAUGACUGUCAUCCGGGGCAGGGGGGGCUAUCAACAGAUAAUGAUAGGUGUCUGUAUAUACUGUAGCUUAGUUUGUUGCACAACUAGAGUUCACAAUAUUGAAAUCAUGCACAUAUAACAUUGUCCUACUACACUUUGAAAAUAAACACCAUUUGCUGUGUUUUAA